CAUGGCCCGUCUUAUAUAGCUGCAUAAUAUCUGCCCUCUGAAAUAUUGUUUAACAUUUAUAAAUCUCUCUGAUUUGAUCGCUUGAACCAUCCUCUAUCGCUCCACUCAACUCUUUCCUUCAGCAAAAUACAAACGACCUUUCAAAAGAGUUCAAGUUAUUUGCCUUUAUUGCAUAUACGUUGUGAUUGGUCUCUUCCAACAGCUGCAAGUGUCUACGUUCAGAUAAUAAGUGAAGCAUUUUUUUGGCUCGAAAUCAUUGGUGCAACAACGUGAAUGUCUGCAAGUACUUUUUUUCCCCAGGAGGUUCCUGUUGAAAGCUGCAAGCUGAGCUCUAAGCCAUAUAGUUUGCAGCUUUCUGCCCAACAACAGCAACCUGCAAACAGACAUCUUCCAGCCAUUUUACCAAUAAUGAACAUGGGACAACUGCCUCAGAUAAAAGCAGAAGAGGCUUCACAGGCCCUGAACUACUUUAACAACCCAUAUCCACUUUAUUGCCAGGCUUCCAAUAAAGGCGAAGGUGACCUGUCUGAGCUGUUGCAAAGCAGCUCGAAUAGCUCUAGCUCAGCGAAUCAGCCAAGUAUGAACUAUUAUUCUGCGACAGUGUCGCCUCAGACCCCUUAUUCGAAUGCACUUGUCGCUUCUGCCCCUGGUCCUUUGCAACAAACGCCCAGAAAAGAAAGAAAAUAUCAAAAGUACAGUGAGCGGUGCACUUGCAAGCGUGAUGAGAAUCACAUUCCUAGGCCCCGAAACGCAUUCAUUUUGUUCAGACAAAAGCACCACCAAAGUGUGCUAAAGGAGUCAACAAAAUUGAAGACUAACCCUGAUGUUUCCCGGGAGUUAGCUCGUCGUUGGAAAGCUUUGACGAAAGAUGAACGCAGCCACUGGGACUCCCUAGCAGAUGAAGAAAAACGAAAUCAUGCCAUAAAGUACCCAAACUAUCGGUAUAAGCCCAGACGUCAUAAGAAUAGCAAGCUGUGUGAAAUCUGCCUGGUGAAACCAAUGAGUACAAACACUCCCCCGGUUCAAACGUUUGCUAUGACCCAGGAUUUUUCUCAAGUGAGCUCUAAUCAGGCGUCAAAAUUAGUAAGGCUGCCAGCAAUACCAUUGAAUCACUAUCAGUUACAUAACCAAGAACAGCAACCCACUCAACUCUUUCAUCAACAGAUGAAUGGGCAGUUCCAGUUGCCCCAGCAGUAUCCACAAUUGAUUCCGCAAUCAGAAGCUAUGUAUAUAUCUCACAGAUAUCAGCAAUAUGGCAAUUGCCCCCAACAGAGUCAAUAUGAAUUUGGCGACGAGAUUUCCUCCCAUAAUCACGCCUUCCAGCAGCAGCACCAACAGAGUGCUUCAACACAGCCACAAACACAACAUCAAAUGCAACAGCCGUAUAUGACCCAGAUCCAACGACGCAACUCUCUUACUCAGCAUCAGAUCCUGCAACAUUCACCACAGCAUCAUCCACAGGCUGAUAACUAUGCAACAAUUGCACCCCUUCAGCAUCUGGAUCAGCACCCGCCGCAAGCUCCAUUGGGAGGCACGACACAUGGAGUGAUUGGCGCACAAAUUAAUGGCUAUCCUGACAAGUAUUGUGAGACGUCGGACUCCUUCUCGUUUCCAGACCAGGCUGGUCAAGGUCAGAAGUAUACGGGAUUGCCAAAUCCAAUUGGAGCCCCCAUGUAUGCGGCUCAUGACCCUUUCACGGCACCAACACUGUUGCAGCUGUAUUAAUCUGUUGCGAUUGUAUGGGCAAAAUGGCUGCCUUGACAGUGGGGCUGGGGCCUGCCGACUGAUACUCUGCACCUUAUGUAUGUAAAUUGCGAAUUUGUCAAAUGUUUGCCUUAAAAAAAUGCACAUAUAUCGAAAAUAUCACUAUUCUAAAUUGCCC